AUGUCAGGAAACGUUUAUAUUGUCGCUGCUGCCAGAACACCAGUUGGAUCAUUCCAAGGGUCUUUGUCGUCCAAGACUGCCGUGGAACUUGGUACCGCAGCAGUGAAAGGUGCUCUUGCAAAGGUUCCUCAACUGAACCCAGCUACGGAUUUCGACGAAAUCAUAUUCGGAAAUGUGCUCUCUGCUAACUUGGGCCAGGCACCUGCCAGACAGGUCGCCUUGGCAGCUGGCCUGGAUAAUCACAUUGUUGCCACUACUGUUAAUAAGGUGUGUGCAUCUGCCUUGAAGAGUAUCAUACUUGGUGCUCAAUCGAUCAAGUGUGGCAGUGCUGAUGUGGUUGUAGCCGGUGGUUGCGAAUCUAUGACUAAUACUCCAUACUACAUGCCAGCUGCCCGUAGCGGGGCCAGGUUUGGUGAAACGAAGCUAGUCGACGGUGUCCAGAGGGACGGUUUGAAUGACGCAUACGACAACCUUGCGAUGGGAGUUCAUGCCGAGAAAUGUGCUCGUGACUGGAACUGUUCGCGUGAGGAGCAGGAUACUUUUGCCAUCGCAUCCUACCAGAAGGCUCAGAAGGCUCAAAAGGAGGGGAAAUUCGACGACGAGAUAGUCCCAGUCGUCAUCAAGGGCUUCAGGGGAAAAGCAGACACCACCGUUACGAAGGACGAAGAACCAGAUAAGUUGAACGUCGAGAAACUAAGAAACGCGAGACCAGUCUUCCAGAGGGAAAACGGUACGGUCACAGCUCCGAAUGCUUCUCCUAUCAACGACGGUGGUGCCGCAGUCAUCCUGGUUUCCGAAAACAAGUUAAAGGAACUUGGCUUGAAGCCUUUAGCCGUUAUCAGAGGCUGGGGUGAAGCAGCUCAUGAACCAGCCGACUUCACUUGGGCGCCAUCCUUGGCAGUUCCAAAGGCGUUGAAACAUGCCGGUAUCGCUGACGUCAACGACGUUGACUUCUUCGAGUUUAACGAGGCAUUCUCUGUCGUUGGCUUGGCCAACACCAAGAUCUUGAAGAUUGACCAGAGCAAAGUCAACCUCUACGGUGGUGCCGUUGCCCUUGGCCAUCCACUUGGUUGCUCGGGUGCCAGAAUUGUUGUCACACUACUCUCGGUAUUAAAGCAAGAAGGUGGUAAGAUUGGUGUUGCCGCUAUUUGCAACGGCGGUGGUGGUGCGUCUUCAAUCGUCAUUGAAAGAGUGUGA